AUGUCUUCCAGGCCCCCGUUUGAUGCCCUACCUUUGUCCAAAGAUGGACCUCCGGGCAACGCUUGGGGUAUGUUUGGCGAUCAAGAUCAACUGGGGAUGCUGAACCUAUUGACCCCCCAGAAUACCGCGGCCGCCGCCCGUGAGAUAAUCGAUGGAGUGCGUGUCUCCACAGACUGGGCUCUCAAUAGCAUGGCCACUCCCUGCUUCGGUCGAUCUGCCUUUGAGCAUGUUCUCAAAAACAAGGCCCCCCGACCCGUCAACGACGAUAUAUUGGUCUUCAACACCCAGAGUAGUUCCCAGUGGGAUGGCUUCCGGCACUAUGGAUCCAAACAAGGAGCCUUUUUCAACGGCUGUACCCAAGAAGACAUCCAAAAUUCUACGCGGAAUGGUAUUCACGUAUGGGCCGAGAACGGCGGGAUUGUUGGACGAGGCGUGCUCUUAGACUAUGCGGCAUGGGCUGAGGCCCACGGCAAAGAAGUGAAUUGCUUUGCAACCCAAUCCAUCCCAGUCGAUGUGCUCCAAGAGGUCGCAGCAAGUCAAAAUACCACGUUCCGCCCGGGCGACAUUUUGUUCAUCCGCACGGGAUGGACCGCGGCCUACGAGCGCCUGUCUCGCGCAGAAUGUCAGACGCUGGCCGACUAUGCCGCACCCCCAGUCAUUGGGGUCGAAUCGUCGGAAGCCAUGCUACGCUGGAUCUGGGAGCUGCAAUUGGCCGCGGUGGUUGGCGACAUGCCGAGCUUUGAAGCAUACCCUUGCCAAAAUACCGAUUGGUUCCUCCACGAAUGGUUGCUAGCGGGCUGGGGCAUUCCCAUCGGGGAGUUGUUUGAUCUCGAGCGACUGGGCCAGGAAUGUCGGCAAAGAGAUCGUUGGACCUUUUUCUUUAGUAGCGUGCCACUGAAGGUCCCCGGUGGAGUGGCCAGUCCCCCUAAUGGUGUGGCUAUCUUCUAG